AUGUCUUCCACCCCACGACUUGAAUGCGCCGAUGUCGACCCCAGUCCCCUGGGCCAACCGCUAAACUUUGAAUUUUCCGGCCGCGCAGCACCAAACCGCUUCCUGAAAGGAGCCAUGAGCGAGCGUCUCGCCUCAUUCUCUCUCAAGGAUGUCAAUGCCCGGGGAAUCCCCUCAGCCGAAUUGAUCCAAGCCUACAAGAGCUGGGGCGCAGGCCAAAUAGGAAUCAACCUGACAGGAAAUGUCAUGAUCGACCCCGGUCACCUAGAAGCAGCCGGCAACCCUGUGAUCCCGCAAAAGGCAGAGUUCUCCGGCGAGCGAUUCGACCGAUUCCAGGACCUCGCCACAGCCGGAAAGGCCCAGGGCUGUCUCAUCAUUGCCCAGGUAGGACACCCGGGUCGCCAGACACCCGAGUACCUGCAGCCGCAGCCAAUCAGUGCCAGUGAUGUGCAGCUGAAGGCUGAUGCGAUGGGCUCGUUUGCGAAGCCUCGCGCCGCGACAGAAGAGGAUAUUGCCAAUGUCGUUGAUGGCUUUGCUCAUGCCGCUGAAUACCUCGACAAGGCUGGGUUUGAUGGUAUCCAGCUUCACGGUGCUCAUGGAUAUCUUCUGAGCCAGUUCCUUUCUCCGACUACUAACCUCCGGACUGAUAAGUACGGCGGUGAUUUGAAGAACCGCAUGCGUUUGAUCUUGGAGGUUAGAGAUGAGAUCGCCAAGAGAGUUCGGAAGGACUUUAUUGUUGGUAUCAAGAUCAACAGUGUUGAGUUCCAGGCCAAGGGCUUCCAGCCCGACGAAGCUAAGGAACUUUGCCAGGCUCUUGAGGAGCAUGCCUUUGACUUUGUCGAGUUGUCUGGUGGUACCUACGAGAACUGGCCAUUGGCUAACCAGAAGCGGGAGUCGACCAUCGAGCGUGAAGCAUUUUUCCUGGACUUCGCCAAGCUCAUCGUCCCUGCGUUGAGCAAGACAAAGACCUACGUGACCGGCGGUUUGAAGACCGUCGAGGGCAUGGUCAAGGCGCUCGACACAGUCGACGGAGUCGGCAUUGGUCGUGCUCUCUGCCAAGAACCAAACCUUUGUGCCCAGAUCCUGUCCGGACAGGUCAAGGGAGCCCUGCUCCAAAAGCUAAACAUGCUGGACUUUGGUGCCACCGCUGGUGCGGCCGGUCUUCAGAUCACGCAGAUGGGCAAUGACUUGCAGCCCAUCGACCUCUCUCGGGAGGAGAAUGUGGCGAAGCUUUUCGCUACCCUGGGUGCUUGGGCUGCUGCUCGAAAGGAGAACCUGGAUAUGUAUCAGUUCCCCGUUCUGCCUGAUUACAGCGUUCCUUACUCUGUUACGGUUCUGUGA